GCUAAUUUUGGAAAUGAACUUCAGAGAAGAGAGAGAGAGAGAGAGAGAGAGAGAGAGGGAGUUGGAAGAGAGGAAUGAGCAGCUCAUCAUCACUCUCACUCAAAUUCGUCGUCCUCUUCUCCCUCUCUCUCGCCGGGGCUGCCUCCCUCACCACCGGCGCCACCGCCACUUUUCUGUUCCCUAGAAAGCCCAGAACGAAAGCUUCUUACACUCUCUCCCCAACAACCAGGCCCAAAGCCACCGUCUCGGACUUGCUCUCCCUUCUCGGCCCACCCCCGCAGGCGGAGUCCGUCAACUCUCAGGUUGCACGAGACCUCAGGUCAUGCUUCAAAUUCCUUGUUCCCUAUAAUCAAACCGUACCCGCUCGGCGGUCGUUGAGAUCGAAACUGAGUCUAUCGCGGAAUCGGAGCGGAAAAGAAAUAGAUGAGUUGAUUUUGUCGCCGCCAGCUCCUGUAUUAGAGCUGGCUCGCCUCGCUGUUGACUCCGGCGCUGACCCUGGGGCGAUUCACCGAACGCUUGAUCCAACUAUUAUUCCUGUUCCUGAUGUUGAGGGAUCAAAUGAAGAUCGGUGUGAGCUCACUAGAACUCCUUAUGGGAGGCGAUUUGUAAAUGAGGGGUUGAAUUCUUACCUAGAAUUCUUGUUUGAAAUUAUUGUUGAGCGUGGUCCCAGCGUAGGGCUGCAUGUAUCUCUGAGUCGCUAUGACUUUUUCCAUGGUCACCUUUUCCUUGCCAAGGAAUCUGGAAGACUUGGUAUUUUGUUUCAUGCAAAGGAGUACCCUGCCUAUGACAAAGAACUUUUUCCUUGCAAUAUGGGCUAUUGCCAAGUAGGAUCUAAUGUUCCUUAUGAUGAUUCAAUGAAUUUGAGAAAUAUCUUGUGGCUUGCUCCAUUGCCAAGUAGUUCUUCGAAUGCAUGGCUGGCACCAGGAGUCUUAGUUGUCCUGGAUGCGCACCCUGAAGGAAUCAUUUUCCAAGAUCUCAUACCUGAAUAUGUAAAUUUUGCAAGGACACUAUAUGAAGAGGAUUUUGGGGAAGUCGUGCUUGAUGUAAACUACUUGAAUGUAGGAGCUGAAGCGCCCAAAUUCCAAAUUUUCAUCUGCUGAGACAUCUGAAGAUAACAGGGAUUUGAAUAGAAGAGGAUCUGCAAAGUAUUUGUAUAUAGGAAUUCUUGUUUUGUUGUCAAAACUUUGUUUCCAGAACUAUUAACAACAGGGAUUUGAAUAGAAGAGGAUCUGCAAAGCAUUUGUAUAUAGGAAUUCUUGUUUUGUUGUCAAAACUUUGUUUCUAGAACUAUCACUCGUUUUCUACUUGCAUUGAAAGAUGUGGACAUUAUGGAAGUUCAAAUCUAUUCAAUAUCAUCAAACCAUAUAAUUUUAUAGUUUC